CGCGGCGGGGAGCGGCCAUGGCGGCGGCGGUGCUGGGGCGGGCGGCGGGCCGUGCGAGGCGGCCGCGGGCGGCGCUGGCGACCGUGCUGCGGCGGGGCGGCGCGGGGCUGGCGGUGGACGACACGGUGAACGGGCUGAGCGCCGAGCAGCGCCAGCUUAGACAGACCAUGACAAAGUUCUGCCAAGAGCAUUUGGCUCCAAAGGCUCAACAGAUUGACCAGGAGAAUGAAUUCAAAGGCAUGCGGGACUUUUGGAAGAAACUUGGAGAACUGGGAGUUCUGGGGAUCACAGCUCCUGCGGAAUACGGGGGCUCUGCCCUGGGCUACCUGGAGCACGUGCUGGUGAUGGAGGAGAUCUCGCGCGCGUCGGCGGCCGUGGGGCUCAGCUACGGCGCCCACUCCAACCUGUGCAUCAACCAGCUCGUGCGCAACGGCAACGACGCCCAGAAACACAAGUACCUGCCCAAGCUGAUCAGCGGGGAGCACAUCGGGGCCUUGGCCAUGAGCGAGCCCAACGCUGGCUCUGAUGUCGUGUCCAUGAAGCUGAAAGCAGAUAAGAAAGGAGACUACUUUGUUCUGAAUGGGAACAAAUUCUGGAUCACCAACGGGCCGGAUGCAGAUGUGCUCAUUGUUUAUGCUAAAACUGACAUUACCGCAGUCCCGGCCUCCCGCGGGAUCACCGCCUUCAUCGUGGAGAGGGGAACGCCUGGUUUCAGGACAGCCCAGAAGCUGGAUAAGCUGGGAAUGAGAGGGUCUAAUACCUGUGAACUGAUCUUUGAAGACUGCAAGAUCCCUGCUGAAAAUGUCUUGGGGGCCCUGAGCAAAGGAGUCUACGUCCUGAUGAGUGGAUUGGACCUGGAGAGGCUCGUGCUCUCUGGUGGGCCCCUGGGGCUCAUGCAAGCUGUCCUUGACCACGCAAUUCCAUACCUGCAUGUCAGAGAAGCAUUUGGACAGAAAAUUGGCCACUUCCAGCUCAUGCAGGGGAAGAUGGCAGACAUGUACACGCGGCUCAUGGCGUGCCGGCAGUACGUCUACAACGUGGCCAAGGCCUGUGACCAGGGCCACUUCAACGCCAAGGACUGCGCCGGGGUGAUCCUGUACUCGGCAGAGUGUGCGACGCAGGUGGCUCUGGACGGGAUCCAGUGCCUGGGUGGGAACGGCUACAUCAAUGACUACCCCAUGGGGCGGUUCCUGCGCGACGCCAAGCUCUACGAGAUCGGGGCGGGCACCAGCGAGGUGCGCAGGCUCAUCAUCGGCAGGGCCUUCAACGCCACCUUCCAGUAACGGCCCCGGGGCGGGGGCAGCGCCGGCACCACGAGGCCUUGGGCACGAGGCUGGAGCGCACAACUGCUUCCCGCUUGCCAUCCUGGCACUGCCACCCACGGACUCCCCUCCGCCCGCUCUGGCAACAAAAGCUGCUGGAGUGGGCUGGGACAAAGGGAUCAGAGGGUGGCAUGGCAGGAGAAGGGUUUUGUCUCGUUGUGAUCGUCCUGAUUCACACUGUUCCUGAGCUGUUGAUCCUCAGCAUUGCAGGGCCGAGGGUCUGUCCCCCCACCAGGACAGGCUGGCGAGGGCUGUGCAGCCAUUGCUGAGCACAGAAAGUCAACCCAAAAAAAGCCAAAAUGGACAAGGAGGGAGCAAUUUUAUUCUUUUCCAAAAGUGCCAUUAACCAGUUAGCAUUUAGCAUAUUGCCACUGGAAGGUGGAACUUCCUUCCAGUGGGAUUAAUGCCUUUCAUUUUGGGAACUCGACGGCAACAUCGUGGGGUGGCUGCUCAUCAAUGCUCAGCAUCAUCCGUGCACAGGCAGUGUUUUAGGUGCUGGUUCCUAAGGCCUCCUUAAAUCCCACAUCUGCUGGUUUGCAGAAUUCCAUUCUAUUUGCAGAAUUCUUCUCUUAUUCCGGCUGCUUCUGGAGGUAUUUUGGUGCAGCCCUGAGUCCUUGCUGUGCUGACCCACUGCUCCCACCGGGUCAUUCCCUCAGAGGUGCCACCAUCCAUUGCUCUGGGGACAAUCAGACCUGUAUUGUGACAUCUAUGGAUGAAGCAGGCAGGAGGAGUUGACUUUUUGGGGGUUUUGUUCUCUGAAGGUUGUUGUUUUGGCAAAGCCUGUCCUCACACUCCACCUCCAGCUGGAGCGAGCACAGGGUGUUUGGGGGUGAUCCCAGUGUAUAUUUUGUACAGCAGAUUGAGGUUGAUUUGGCUUUGUUAAAGGAAAUUGCACAGUGUCCUGCCAGCUUUAAAGAGUGAAUCACAAAUCAAAAUGGGAUGCUGGAAAUAGGAUUGAACAGUUAAUGAAUUAAACAGUUGCCAUGUAGGCAACUCCCAGCAGUUUUAACAGAAAUCACCUUGAAGUGUGUGUAUUUUGUGGUUGUAGUUCACACCUGUCCAUACCAGGGGACAGACUGACACACAAUUUUAAAAUGCCACAGAUUGAAGAAAAUUCACUCACCUCAGUCACCAGGUAAGUCACCAGGAGUUUAUGAAAGUCACAAAGAGCCAGAAAAAGCUUCUAAAGUCCUGGUGGCAGCACCUUCUUCCUAAACUUGGUAUUUACUCAGCCUCGGUGGGGCUCCACCUGGGAAGCAUCCCAGGGUUUAAUUUUCAGCCUAAAUCUCUGGACAGGGUGUGGACAGAGGUGGCCUGUCAGGAAUAUCAUCCUGAGCUGCACCAAAUGCUGUGGAAGUGAACCUUGAGGUGCACGUGGGAAACACUCAGUGCACUGUUGUACAGGGCUAUGAGAAUUUACUCCCAUGACCAGACAUUUGUGUUUUAUCACAGCACAAUUCCUGGAUCACUGUUAAGAUCCAUCUCUGCCAGAGGAGCUUCUCCAAGGAGUGUCAGAGCCACGACAGGGUGGUGCGAGAUUCAGAUUGUUAAAAAUAGCUUUUCUAGGUGGAAGGGACCUGGAGAUUUUUAAACCUGUCCUCUACCACUGGAGAGGCCUGAUUUUAAUACACAUACUUAAUAAUGCCUUCACUUUCCAGGCUGAUCAGCACCUUGGAGUUGAAGGUAAAAUGAAUCAAUGUCUAAGGGAUCACAGGGCAGGGGAGGGAGAGAUUCAUAAAUCCUCAGCAGGGUUGUGUUAUUCAAAUCUCACUCCCUUCCACAGCUGCCUUGGGAAGGGGCUGGAAAGAAGGGCUUGGGAGGGCUUCUUGGGGGAAAAGGGGGUUAAUAUUUAUGCUACACUAAUAAAAUCAGCUUUUGCUGUGGCCUGUGCUGCUGGAGGGGGUCCCAGCAGAGGGAAGUGCAGGAUCUGGUUCUGGUUCCUGAGCUGGCAGCAACGGGUAGUGUUGCUUUCUUUGCUUAUCCCUCCCUCUGUCUUCCCAACCACAGCUUUCCCCCCUAAUUCUCAUUUAAAAUAAAUACAUUUACAGUGA